CACCUGCCUCGCCUGCCGGACCCACCUGACGCACCCCGGCCGCGUUGUGUAGCGCUGUAUUAUGGACGACGCGGCACUUUCUCCUCACUUUGCUUCUCUCUGAAAUAGCUCGAGAAUUUCACCGAAUCCUGAAUUUUAUGAGUGCAGGUGGGAAUAUGUUGUCAUGUCUCCAGACUAAAAUAUUUCCCUUGACUAGUGGCCCGCCGCUCACUGCUUUUUGUGAGGGAAAGGAUUUAUUUUCUCACUCCGUGGAGCCGCUUGUGGAGCGAAAAAGGGUGCUCGUGAAUAGCCUGAGUGUUUGUUAUUGUGUUGUGGAGGCAGUGGAAGUGGUGGAGGGUGAAUGGUAAGCCCCGCCUCCGUUGGUGGCUUUUCCCCGCGCGCCACCAGAGGGCCGUCUUCUCCACGCACUCAGGGGCGGCCGAGCCUUGCCUCCCUCCCAGCCGCUCUUGCUUCAUCGCUCCAGUUGCCCGGUGCCGGUCUGCGUGUCUCAGCCCUUCUCCAUCCCGCGUCACCAGUCCACCGCGCUCACUGAAACAGAACUCUGAAAAUUGUUGUGUAUGCGAGACGAAGUUGUCUGCUUGAAACUUGCGCCUCAGUGUGUGGCUGCCUCGUGCCGCGAGUGUUGGGCCGCUGGUGGAAAGGAAUUUUGAUCUGUGCCCUCGACUGAAAGGGGAAGAGAGAGAGAGAGAGAGAGAGAGAGAGAGAGAGAGAGAGAGAGAGAGAGAGAGAGAGAGAGAGAAUUAUAAAAGAUACGUUUGGGCGGUUCAGCAGCAGUAACGACGACAACAGCGUACAAAGCAAGAGCAACAGGUCUGAUCCGACACGCCUCCAUCAACACCGCCAGCUCGCGUGCGGUCGGGCGGUCCGUCUAUCGGUCGGUCGGUCAGUCGGCGUCUGGCUUCUGUGCUGGUGAUGCGCGUCGGGCCAUGCCGCUGCCGCUGAACGGUGUCGAGCAAAGAGCCGCCACCCCCCGCGCCAACAUGGGUUCCUUGGAGAUGCUGGAGAUUCUCGCCAAGAAGGACGACCUCAUCAAAGACCUCGAGAAGAAGCUCAAGGUGAAGGAUGACGAGAUAACGGAGCUUCGUUCGCAGCUCGACAAGUUUCAGAGCGUCAUCCCCUACUCGGCUGUGUCCUCCCCCAAGGACCAGCCUCGCAAGACCCGAGCCCAGGGCAUCUCCGCCGAGCCCCAGGCCCUCAGGACCAUCCAAGAGCUGUCGGAACUGAGCCAGACCACCUUCCCGGAGGUGGCCAAAUUGCAAAGGUGAGCUCGGUACAACAGACAGGCGUUCCUCUCCCUACUAACACCAGUAAGAUAACUAACCCUGUCACUAUCAUUCUUAUAAAUGCGAAGGUCACGGUGCUUGAGGUCACAUGUUUGCCUGACCCUCUUCACUUAGACCAACUUGACCAAACCUGAUCGCGACAGUAGUGUCCCGGGACAGACAGGUGAGAUAGGAUGGACUUUAAUCCCUAUCUAAUGCCACUUGAUCCCUCGUAACAAGGCCAAGUGUUCAGAAGGUUGCAAUAGAGAGAGAGAGAGAGAGAGAGAGAGAGAGAGAGAGAGAGAGAGAGAGAGAGAGAGAGAGAGAGAGAGAGAGAGAGAGAGAGAGAGAGAGAAGAAUAAUAAUCCGGUGUUCUGGCGUAAAGGUGUGGUGAGCAUUGCAAGUUUUCAUUAGUUGCUAUUCACGCAUCGCACCUUCCCGCCCCUUUGGUCGCCUCCACGCCGCGCCUCGCAACCCCAACAGGUGUCACCCGUAGCGGCGCGAAUCAUGUCUUUCCUUCACUACCACUGCAGCCACGCUAAAUGCACACUCACAGGUAUCCGAGAAGCACAGUCUUGGAUUCUCAGUCACAAUAGGCGUGGAGAAAAUGCUUUUAUUUCGCUCGGGAGGAGAUGGAAAGGUUAGUGACAUGUGUAGUGGCCUUGUCCUUGGCGGCGCUUGGGGAGUGAGUGGUUGUCCUGGUGUCGUGGGGGAUGCUUUUUUAGCCACACCUGCCGCUCAAAACCCUUAGACUUGCGCGUGUCACCUUCCGCCGGCACUGAACGACGGGCACCUGAUCAGCGCGCCACUCACUCGCGGACACAGGACACGGAAUGGCGAUGUGUAUAAGGCAGCGUUACGGUACUUCUUGUCCUUGAUACUGUUAGCUGCGGCGUUAGUGGGUCUGUGUCGAUGUGUGCCAUGGAUCUCCUUGACCGUUACUUGCUAUGGACGUUGUGUUUUCUUUCUGUUUAUUCUGGC